GUAUCGGAGGGAUAGCAGGACCUCUCAUAGCAACGGCCUUGGUGUCUCACGGGGUCCGCUGGUCAUUCUACUACUCUAUCAAUCUGGCCAUGUCCCUUUUCAACCUAGUCUUUGCAGCAUGGAGUUUCCAUAACUACGAGAAAGACUUGCCAGCUCAGCUACUGACAGCACUCCAGCAGACUGCUUCUCGUCAAGAGCAAAAUGAUGAUGCGCCCAGUAGAAAGGAAGUUCUCAAGCAAGCCGUGAAAAACAAGACUACCCUGCUCGGUUCGCUGUUCAUUUUCGCAUACCAAGGUGCAGAAGUGUCUAUCUCCGGCUGGGUUGUCUCGUUUCUCAUUAGUUAUCGUCAUGGGGAUCCGUCGCGUGUUGGUUAUGUUAGCGCUGGAUUUUGGGCAGGCAUCACUGUUGGACGGUUUGUCCUGUCCCAUCCAGCCCAUAAGUUCGGAGAAAAGGUCGCUGUCGUCUUGCUUGUGCUGGGAUCAAUUGCGUUUCAGCUGAUGACCUGGUUCAUUCCCAACGUGAUCGGGGAGGCUGUCACGGUGGCCCUCGUGGGAUUGCUGCUCGGGCCAGUCUACCCUUGUGCCACAGCGGUUUUCAGUAAGCUACUUCCUAGACAUAUUCAGAUGUCGAGUUUGAGCUUUACAAGUGCGAUGGGCAGUAGUGGAGGAGCUGUGGCACCUUUCUUUACGGGUCUACUGGCACAGAAUGUGGGAACUGUGGUUCUGCAUCCUAUCUGCAUUGGCUUAUACGUGGUGAUGCUCGCCGCUUGGCUAUCACUGCCCAAGAUUUCCAAGAGAUCGGAAUAGUGUGUAUCUGGACAUUGGCCCGAGAUAUCAUUGAUUACAUGAGGUUACGAUAUUCUUUCAUUGGAUUUGCUGGAUUUAGUGGUGAAAAUUGCUUUCCCUGAUUUAUUUCGAAAGGAAUUGUGUAGGAAGAACAGAUAUAUCCAUUAUCAUGGUUGGAAAAUAAUUCAAGACAAU